AUGGCCGACGAAGGGGUAGUAAACCGCUACCAGGUGCUGGAGGAACUCGGCCCUUUGGCGUCGUGUACAAGGGCAUCGACAAGGCCACGGGGGAGACUGUCGCCAUCAAGCACGUGGGUGCAACGUCGUUUCAUUUCCCAAUUUGGCUCGAAACUGACCCCCAAUGUCGCACAGAUCGACCUCGAGUCCAGCGAGGACGACAUCCAGGAAAUUCAGCAAGAGAUCUCGGUGCUUAGCACAUGCGCCAGCAGCUAUGUCACCCAAUACAAAGCCAGCUUCCUGCGCGGACACAAGUUGUGGAUUGUCAUGGAAUACCUCGGCGGCGGAUCCUGCCUCGACCUGCUCAAAUCGGGUAUUUUCAACGAGAUACAGAUCGCCAUCAUCUGCCGCGAACUGCUGCUGGGUCUCGAAUACCUGCAUUCGGAGGGAAAGAUACACCGCGACAUCAAGGCCGCGAAUGUGCUGCUAUCCGAGACGGGCAAGGUCAAGCUGGCCGACUUCGGCGUCGCUGCACAGCUGACCUACAUGAAGUCGCAACGGAAUACCUUUGUUGGCACCCCCUUUUGGAUGGCCCCGGAAGUCAUCCAGCAGGCGGGUUACGACUUCAAAGCCGACCUUUGGUCGCUGGGUAUCACGGCCAUUGAGCUGGCCCUUGGCGAACCUCCCCACGCCAACCUCCACCCCAUGAAGGUCCUUUUCCAUAUCCCGAAGAACGCGCCGCCACGACUCGAGGGCAAGUUCAGUAAAGAGUUCAAGGACUUUGUCGCCCAAUGCCUGGUCAAGGACCCUGAUUUCCGACCAACGGCCAAGGAACUCUUGAAGCAUCGCUUCAUCCGGUCGGCCGGCAAGGUGGAGGCCCUACAGGAGCUGAUCCAGCGCAAGCGGAUGGCCGACGCUAGGGUGGAUCAUGUGAAGCACCCGGUGUACUAUCAAGAAACGCUCCAUAGCAUCUCCCCGAAGGACGAAGCGGACGAGUGGGUUUUCGACACGGUGAAAUCGAUCGUACCAAGACGGGGUACCGUUCGCUCUAGGAAGCCGUCGUCCGCCUUUUCGGUCGACGAUGCCAUGCGUAAAUUGGAUCUCAAGGACGGGCCUCUCCAACCCAAUACUCCUGGGACGGUCCGGAAGUCGACAAUGCGGCGGCAACCAUCUGCAGCCUCGCGCCAGAACGCCCGUCGGGACUCAAUCCGUCGCCGGGGCUCCAGCGGAUCUCCACGGCCAUCGCUCGGGCCGAAACGCCCAUUGCAGCCCGACACGUCCUUCGGCAAUUCCGGGUCUACCAUGCGCCUCUUCCGGCGCGUACCGUCAGAAAACUCCAAUCCCACAAGUAUCGACCCCUCCACUCGCGAGUUCGCCAACGAAAACCAACCACCGCCCACCUAUCACGCACCGGUAGAGCCAAACAGCAAAGAAGCCAUGCUCGGCCGCCGCCUCUACAACAAGGCCCUCGAGCCCUGCCUCGACGAGCUGCACGCGCAGACCGCCGCCUCCUCCAAGCGCGAGGCGCUCGCCCGCCUCUCCGACGCCUUCGCGCUCAUCGACGCAGUCGACCCCGAAGGCACCUACCACCUGCUCCGCAACCUGGUCUCGACCGUCUCCCACGACACCAAGCUCAGCCACACCUUUCUUCCCCAGCCACCGCCGCAGCAACAACACCAACCGCCAAAAACACAACCCCCGCAGGACGGCACCGUGCUCAUCAAAUCCUCCCGCCCCUCCACCGCCACCACCCUCGCCGGCACCCCGCCCACCUCGGCCGCCGGCAGCCCCUCCAAGCUCAUCAUCAGCCAGGAGAACCCCCACCUGGCGAGCCACCGCCGCCGCCGCGGGAGCAUGCUCCCACAACCAACCUCCCCCACCUCGUCGUUCAGCGAGGCCAAUCGGUUGCCCCCCGCGGCGGGGCGCGAUCGCGAGAAGGGUGCCGAGAGGGAACGCGAACGGGAGAGGGAGAGGGAGCGAGAAAGAGAACGAGAGAAAGAGAGGGAGCGGAUGGUGGCGCUCGCGCUCGAGGCGAAAUUUCCCGGCCGCGCGGCCGUCCCGGGCAUGGAGCACUGCAAGGCGCUGUCGGAUUUGCUGUAUGCGCGCUGGACGGACGGGCUGAGGGCGCGUUGGGGGGUUGUGGCGGGGGCUUGA